AUGAUCUCCUCGAUCCUCCUUCUUUUCGUGUUUUCGUUUGCUUCUACCAAUGCUGGAGUCAUGAAGCGAGUAAUCACACCUCUUCCUGCGAAUGGAAAGUUCGACUAUCAGAUUGGCGGUGCUUACACUCCUGAUGUCGACGUCCAAGUAGUCACUCGGGAUCGCACUGAUAGUCCCGCGCCGAAUAAAUACAAUAUCUGCUACAUAAAUGCCUUCCAGACUCAAACCGAUGACAACGCUUUCUGGAAGUGUAAGUUCUUCUAUCUUGCCCUCAGCGAUCCCCAACCCAUAUUCAUACAUAUUGCACCAGCGCCUGAGAGAGAUCAUCUCCUUCUCCGAAGGGCCAACGGAAACUACUUCAUUGACCCCGGUUGGCCAGGCGAGAUUCUGUUCGACACCUCCACAGCCGCGAACCGGGAAGAGAUUGCCACGAUCAUCAAUGGGUGGAUUUCUGGCUGCCAGCAGAGCGGUUUCAGUGCCAUCGAACCGGACAACUUUGACUCUUACUCCCGGUCCAAUGGUCGUCUCACAUUCAACAAUAACGUCCAACUCGCCAAGCUCCUCGCGGACUAUGCUCACUCGCUCAAUAUGGCCUUUGGCCAGAAGAACGCAGCAGAGAAGUCCGUUCAGGCGAAGGCUGGAGCAGGUUUCGAUUUCGCUAUUGCGGAACAGUGCCAGGAAUUUGAUGAGUGUGAUAGCUAUACAGAUGUGUAUGGAAAUCAGGUCUUGGAGAUUGAAUAUUAUGACACGGGUUUAUCGGGGAAUGGGCUGGAUAAUUUCAAUGAUGCUUGUCAGGCAAGGGGUAGCCAGAUCUCGGUAAUCUUUCGAGAUGUAGAUGUUAAGCCUGCUGGUGCGAACGGUCGUGUUUACCAAGAAUGUUAG